AUGGUUUCUUCUAGCAAAGACGAUGUUUGUGCGACCUUUGGCGUCGGAGAUACACAAUGUUUCUGCUUGCGGUUCGUCCCGAAAUCAGCGUCGAAUCUCAUUAGUAUAGGUCGUGUGAAAGUGCUGUGGAGACGCCAAUCACCGACGAUAACAAGUGCACCUGAAGGCAUUCAAAACGCUGUGAGUACGUGGCUGGAUCUUCCGAUGGUAUCGUUCUUGGAUGCUCCGUUGUCGUUUAAUGUGGAAACUCCACCCAUUGGUGUCAAAGGAGUCGUUCUUCAUAUGGAUAUCCGAGUAAGGAAUAAUGAAGCAGUUUCUCAUAGUCUACGGAUUAAGCCCGUAGACGCAAACGAAGCUUUCUUUAUUUCCGGCCGAACAAACACCACGGAGGACUUGCUUCCUUUCGAUGAGCAAGUAUUUCGGUUGGUAUUAGUACCUUUGAAGACGGGCUAUUUACGUCUGCCCUCUUUAGAGAUCAUAUCGUUGACAUAUAACCUUCCGCUUAGCGAUCCGGACGAGCGUCAAGAACUGUUUGUCUUGCCACGAAAAUGCUCGAAUUUGGAAAUAGCGAAUCGAUAA